CUUUAUAGCCUAAAGUUGGGGGCGGUGCCGCAAGCAGCAGCGCGGCAGGAAGGAGACGGCGGCGGACUGCCAGCGGGCAGCGGCGCCGGCCUCUCCCCUGCGCUCCCUGGCCCGCCAUGGCCCAGCAGAGAGCCCUGCCCCAGAGCAAGGAGACGCUGCUGCAGUCGUACAACAAGCGGCUCAAGGACGACAUCAAGUCCGUCAUGGACAACUUCACUGAGAUCAUCAAGACCGCGAAGAUUGAGGAUGAGACGCAGGUAUCUCGGGCCACUCAAGGUGAACAGGACAAUUAUGAGAUGCAUGUUCGAGCCGCCAACAUCGUCCGAGCUGGCGAGUCCCUGAUGAAGCUGGUGUCUGACCUCAAGCAGUUCCUGAUCCUCAAUGACUUCCCGUCAGUGAAUGAGGCCAUCGAGCAGCGCAGCCAGCAGCUGCGUGCGCUGCAGGAGGAGUGCGACCGGAAGCUCACCGCCCUGCGAGACGAAGUCUCCAUCGACCUCUACGAGCUCGAGGAGGAGUAUUACUCGUCCAGCUCGAGCCUUUGCGAAGCUAAUGACCUGCCUCUGUGCGAAGCUUACUGGAGGCUGGAUCUCGACACAGACUCCGCUGAUGGCCUCUCUGUCCCUCUGCUGGAGUCCCCGGAGCCCAGUGCUGGCCCCCUGCAGGCUGCAGCCCCUGCCCACUCCCACGCCAGUGGCCCUGGGCCCACAGAGCACGCCUGAGCCUUGGGGCUGCCCUCCCCGCCCCUGGCUUCUCAGGAACCAAACCAGGGCUCCCUCUGAGUGCCCAGCACGGCCUCACUUCUUCCAGCCCUGGUUCUCCCUGGGGGACUGCAGGAUCCCGGAGCCACUGUGGCCUCCUUGGGAACCUCAUCAGCCCAGGGUCAUCCCAGCCAGGAUGGCUGAGAAAAGCUGUUUCUCUGGCCACUUCCAGGUGCCCAUCCCUCUAGUCAUCUUCCUCCACUGCCCUCCUGGCCAGCCAGGUGGAAGGAAGUUUCCAGGACGUGUCUGACAUGGGGAAGACCUGACCUGAGCAUGUUGUUUGAACUUGGGAGGGGCUGUGCGUGGACAGUGUUAGCCAAGCCCAGUCUCCCACCCUCCGGGUAGAGCUCCUGAGCAGAGUCCCACCCGCUGCCUCUUGCCCUGAGCUGCAAACAUCCGUGCCACGGGCUGACUGCCCCAGUAGGGCCAAGUGAGGGGGCCGCGCGCACUCUUGUGGAAGCCAGGCGGGGGCUCCUUCCUAACCUCUGCUGACAUACACGUUCUGGUUAUCUUUGUAAUGAGACUUUUGAAUAAAAAACCUUUUGCACUUA